AUGGAGGACGGUCGCCGGUGGAACGUGACGUACACGAAGCACGUUAAGCAGAAGCGUAAAGUUUAUCAAGACGGUUCUCUAGAGCACCAACCCUCUCGCCGCAAGGUCUUGCUUUAUGAUGAAUGGGACCAGCUCUUGGAAAGCAGGUUUGUGAAGAAGGAUGACAUUAUCAAAUGUGGUGAAACACUUACAUGGGAUUCGUAUCUUAUUGACAUUGGCGAACCAUGUGGGGAUCAUAAACCAAAACAUACAGUGAAUAAUCACGAUAAAGAGACUACAUAUUCACAAAAGUCGGGUUCACUUUGCAGAUAUGGUUCCAAGAGUAAACCAGUUCCCAUAGUCAAAAACUCUCUAGGGUCAGGGACCAGCCUUAGUGAGUCAAGCUUCAAGGCUGAAAAUGCCAAAUUCAACAUUGAAAAUGAGCCUAGACGUGCAGCAAUGGAGGACGCUUGCCGGUGGACCGCAAUGUACACCAAGCACGUUAAACAGAAGCAUAAAGUUUAUCAAGACGGUUUUCUAGAGCAUCAGUCCGCUUACCAUAAGGUCUUGCUUUAUGAUGAAUUGAACCAGCUCUUGGAAAGCAGGUUUGUGAAGAAGGAUGAUGUUAUCAAAAGUGGUGAAACACUUACAUGGGAUUCCUUUCUUAUUGACAUUGGCGAACUAUGUGGGGGUCAUAAACCGAAACCUUUGGUGAAUACUCAUGAUAAAGACAGUAAACAUUCACAAAAGUCGGGUUCAUUUUGCAGCUAUGGUUCCAAGAGCAAUGCAAUUCCAGUUGACAGCAACUCUCCAGGGGUAGUUACCAUCCUUAGCGAGUCAAUCUUCAAGGAUGAAAAUGCCAAAUUCAAUUGUAGGAGACAAGGAAAUGAGUCUAAACGUGCAGUACAUGACAUCAUGUCCAUUCUAAAACAACCAAUUCUGAGGAAAGUUGUUGCAAUGAAUAAACCAUCAGUCGAUGACUGCUUUGGGUCGCAUUCUUCAGAUGUGGAUUAUAAUAUCAAGGAUCACAGCAAAGAAUGUGCUGAAGAAUGUAGUAGAAAUGCACCAGAGAAUUUGAGAGAAAGUUCCUCAGAUCAUUCCAAGAUUUUAAAAUCCGAAACUGUAGAAGUCCUUGUUGCUGCUGAAAAGUGCACUUUGUCUGAAAAUGACAAAGAAUCUCAGGCGAGGCCCUCUACUUCUUUUAUCGGAUUAGAGACAUCAAAUUAUACUGCGCCUGUUCCUGAUGUAGAGUACAUCUGUCCCAGUAAAUUGAUUCCAAAUCCUUUAUCCAUGGAGCCGCACACACCGGCCACUCCUGCUUCAUGUACGCAAGCGAUCACGACAGAAAAAAGUGCCGUUACAACAUUGAGCCCUGCUAAAGUACCAGAGGAAAUGGAUGAGUUCCCGAGCUUUGACCUUGGGAUUUGA